CUUCUUCUCCAUCAAAGUUUUUGUUACAAUUUUGAAAAUGAUUGUUUCAAUCGCUACUUUCCUUUGCAUCUUUCUUAUUUUGCAGCCAUGGUGUAUCGCCACAAGCGUCGGCGAUAUUCUUGCUCCGCUUCUCUCUCCGAUCUUUGAAGAUGCAUGCAAUGAUGUGAAAUGUGGUCAGGGAACCUGCAAGCCUUCGGGUAACAGCACUAUCCCAUUUGAAUGUGAAUGCUCACCUGGGUGGAAGCAAAUGGCUGUUACUGAUGAUGACAACUCUUUGAAAUUUCUCCCUUGUGUCAUCCCAAAUUGCACAAUGAAUUAUUCAUGUUCGAAAGCUCCAUCUCCUGUGCAAGAAAAGGAGAACCGAGGAAAUGAAUCAAUCUUUGAUGUGUGUAGGUGGACCGAUUGUGGAGGAGGAAAAUGUGAGACAACAUCUCUCUUCACCCAUAAAUGCGAAUGUGACGAGGGUUAUCAUAAUCUUCUCAACUUAACCUUUUCUCCUUGCUUUAAAGAAUGUUCACUCGGAAUGGACUGUAAGGACCUUGGACUUGGAUUUGGGAACAAAUCACCCCCUGCUCCCCCUCCAAGUUUGUCAGAUGAUCGUUCAAAUCAAGGUAAUUAUAGGCUUGAACGUAGCUUCAACUUGUUGAUAUUUGUGUUUACCCUAUUGGCUAUUUAACUUAUUGCAAUAAUCGGGUGGAUGAAUCCAAGUAGUUAGAGCCAACUUGUUUCGAGUAACCUAGAGUUUCAUUGAAUAUGUACUUGUGUUGUGUUGUGGUUUGGUAAGUUAACUUUUUGGAUGCAGUAUUUUCACACGAUUGGAUAGAGGUACUUGUGUUUUAUUAUACCUUUAUUUAUGAUUAGAACUUAACAAAUUAA